CUCCCUUCAUUCCCCUCUCCACUGUCUGUCUCAGUUUGCUAGGCAGAGACAACUACAUGUUCAGCUGUAGGCACCGAAACAUGACAGAGCUCAUUUCCAUUCACUUCAUGCAUGAAUGCCGACUUGAUUUCAAGAUGUGGUGCUCAGUCGAGGUUUCCGCUCAGAGGGAGACGGUUUCAUCCCUCCAUAGAAGCCUCAUCCCGGCUCGCAGAGUUGAUAGCUCGUCUGUUGUCCUAGACAGAACUUUCCUCAGCCGUCAUUUACCUACAGCCACAAAGACGUGCGACAUAUAAACCCUGGCAAACCAUGGUGUCAAAAAUGGACCCCCCUCUGACAGAGAAGGUGGCCUUCUUUGAGCAGCUUGACGCGUGCAGGAACUUUGACGAAGAGUCAGACGCCUUAAGCACAGAAGAGCAAACAUUGAGGCAAGAAAGCAAAGCUUUCCAUGCCGCCGCCGCCGCUGCCGCUGCUGUCGCCAAAUCCACCAAGCCUGCCGAAUCUACCAGUCACUUAGUCAAACCGCUACGCUUUCCUACUACUAGGUUACCACCCUCACACCACCGGCGGACGGCUUCAGAUCCUGCUCCAAAGCCCGUGGAUAAGGAGCUUGAGAUAAUAGCUGUCACACCUGUGAACAACCGGCCAAACCUGUCAAGAAUAGUGCCAGCCACGACUGCGUCUUCUCCAGUUCGUGAAACAUCCAUCAACGACUCAAUCAUCCCGGAAACAGAGCGGCAGCCAAAUACGAGGCGUACACGAAGCGGUAUUCAUCAAACCACACGAGUAUUAAGAUCACAAUCUAACUUAGAGCCAUCUCCAUCUGUUUCCAUGGCUAAACGUAAGAGAAGCCAGCCACUUAAGAUGGCCCCGGAAUCAAAGCAGAUAUUUAAAGGACUCUUCUUCUUUUAUAUACCUAACGACGACAUUGAUCCUGCUCGGAAGAUGAGGAUCAAGAAGGCUCAAGAGUACGGUGCUACUUGGACGCAAAACUCGGCCAAAGCGACGCAUGUUAUUGUCGACGAGCGUCUGUCGUACGAUGACAUAAAAUCUACACUCGAUGACAACCUCACAUCGCCGUCUAUCGUUCUCGUCAACGCCCACUAUCCUAUCGAGUGCUGCAAGAGGGCGGUUAUCAUCGAUCCCAACCCCACAGUCGAGAAAUAUCGAUAUGGAGUUCCCGGAGAUCCUGGGUUGACCAAUAAUCCCACUAAAGAGCCGAUAGCUCCUGAGCAGCCGGGAACCCAGGACUCUAAUAUGUCACUACAGAUUAAACAGCGAAGAGACCGCAAGUUUACAGCUUUCAAUUCACCAGAAUCUAGCCAGGGUGGCAGUGAUUUAAUCCCCUCGUCACACCCCGAAGAAACCCGAGCUUCCAAACCUGGCUCUAAACCUUCGAAAGGCAAAGCAAAGGCCGCUCCAGUCGUCGAUGACUUAACCGCAUGUAUUGAUGAGGUCCUGGAGGAUCUAGAAAAAGGUCUUGAUAACAAUGACCAAGAUGGCUCAGAUUCAGAAGAUGACACCUCUCAGAGUAAAAAACGACGUCUAAGGUCCAGUGGGGAUAAUGCAAAGCCAAAAUUCCGACAAAACGCUUUUAUGUGCAUGAGAGGUGGGACAAGAGGCAAGAAGAUUAACGGGCCCAAUGCCGAGACGAUCAGGCUAUUGGAGGAGAUGCUAGGGGAGCAUCAACUGUCGAACGAUCAAUGGAAGGUGCAGUCGUAUCAAAAAUGCAUAUCUACGCUUCGCCAACAGUCCAAGAGAAUCAAGACAGCCAAAGAAGCUAGGGCGCUCACGAAUAUUGGGUCGAGUCUGGCCGAACACAUUGAAGAGAUCGUGACGACGGGCCGAUUCCAAAAGUUGGAAGAGAUACGCAGAGAGCCAACCCGUGAAGCGCUGAAAUUAUUCAGCAAUGUCUACGGUGUGGGUAUACCGACGGCGAUGAAAUGGGUUGAGCUAGGAUAUCGCACCGUCGACGAUCUUCGCACAAAAGCCAAUCUCUCGACGAACCAACGGAUCGGCGUAGACCACUACGACGACUUAUUGACCCGCAUUCCUCGAGCCGAGGUCAAGGCCCUAGGCGACCACGUCAAAGACGUAGCGGCCACCAUCGACCCGAGCAUCGAGCUCAUCAUCGGCGGAAGCCAUCGUCGUGGCGCCGAGUCCUCGGGCGACAUCGACCUAAUCGUAACGAAGACAGGGACGACAUCCACGCAGGACCUCGUGCCGUUCCUAGACAAGCUCGUCGACAAGCUCACGAAAGACGGCUUCUUGACCGCAUGUCUCGCCUCACACCGCCACGACGGCGGGAACAAGUGGCACGGCUGCUGCGUGCUUCCUCGCACGGCGUUCCCUGGACCCAAGAGAGAAUACAACCCUAUCUGGCGCCGCAUCGACUUCCUCCUUGUCCCCGCGGCAGAAAUCGGCGCCGCCCUGAUCUAUUUCACCGGCAACGACUUGUUCAAUCGCAGCAUGCGCCUCCUCGCGCGCAAGAAGAACAUGAAGCUGAACCACAGGGGAUUAUUCGGCGUCGGCGUCAGCGAGGGGAAGGACGAGAAGAAGAUCUUUGAGAUCCUGGGGGUUCAAUGGCGAGAGCCGCAUGAGCGGUGGUGUUGAUGAGUUAGUUCUCUGUCUGUUCGGGUUUCGGUUUCGUUGCGCGGUGGGAUUGAUCUGGUAGAUAGAUGAUAGAGGAUCGGGCUGUUUUGGAUCGCGAUGGUUUAGAUACAUACUCGAAUUUCAGUGAAUAUCCUUUUCGAAACAUCUACCUGACUAGAUUGUACGCUUUCGCGACGAUGUCGAUUCUCCUAUUGGAGUGAGUAGUCUUUGGGAACUUACAAGCAAGGUAAAUGUAAAACA